GGGGAAUAGCCGAGGUCUUCGGAUUGUGGCAAAACAUGCCAAAUUUACAGAUUUGUCUUUUGCUUUCACACAUUCUGCAAAGCCGCGAUCUAAUUUUCUAAAGUGUAUGCGGAAAAAUCCCUAUAAUGGCCUUCAUCAGCAGGAGACUGAAACUAUAUGGACAGUCCCCGAAAUGGUUACGUUGGAAUCUCAUUCUCGAUGACUAUAAGCUACAACAAUGGACAAGAAAUCCUUCCAUUCCAUUUAUGUAUGAUUCAAAAGGUACUAAAGAGGCCGGACCUGAACAAUUGUACCUGAAGAGAAUUCAAAGAUUAAGACAAGGGUGGCCAGUUUUGAAAUAUGCUUCUUAUCAUGGAGAAAAUCUUACCAAUGCCCAAGAGUUCCAUGUGGAUGACAGAAAGCUGAACAUUUAUUUUUUAAGGUAUUUACUUGAGGGCCAUGAUGUGGUGACGUCAGAUGGCUUAUUGCAUUACCACCAUGUUACUUAUGGUCUAUUAAGACUGUUGUCAGUUGGUGUUCUCGCUGGAGAAACUGUUCUGAAAAACUACCAGUCAGUAGCACCAAUCUUGGAUGAUCUGUUUCGAUUGACUCUGGAACUUGAUACACAAAAAUUUGAAGAAAAGCUUAUACCUGGGUUUACUGAAGUGUCGGUUGAAGCAGAAGUAACUGCUGAAGUGUCAGAGAUAGUACUGCUAUGUUUGCUGUACAGAAAUGUACCAACAUUCAUACUCUCGUGGGCUUUGCGGAGAUUUUGUCUAUGCCUGCAACAACAUCCCUGUUCUAAUGAAUUCCUUCUGUCCCUGGCUUCAAGAAUUAAAAACAUAACACCUACUGGAAAUGCAACAAAUGAAAAGGAACAAAUGCUGGAAUUUAUUUCAGCAAAAGUUCUGGAGCAAAGAGAGACUAUUGCUGCAUCGUGUGUUAUAAAAGUAUUUGAGUCAUUUCCAGGCCACAACAGCGUGUAUUUAGGCAAAUUCGAAAGCCUUGUCUUUGACAAUAUUAAUCAUCUUAGUUUUCUUGAUAUUUACAAAAUCGGGAAAAUUGUGGAAUCAUAUGGUGGAAAUACAGACUUUUUGGAGAAAUGGAAUAAGAAAUUGAGAAAUACUUCGAGAUCAUUGUCAUUAGAUGCAGACAUUAAAAAUCUCCUUUCUUAUUUCAUUUCCGAGAACUAUCAGAACAAAUGUUUACUGAAAUUGUUUGAGGUCUGGACACACCAGGACAGCUUAAGUUACAUUCAAACAUUUGAUUUGGACACACUCUGUCACAUUAUAAACUACAUGUAUUUAUGUAAGCAAAACUGUACUCCCUCUUAUGUAGAGGCUGCUAUAACACUCAUGUUGAAAAGUGAUUACAAGAUCAUAACAGUCUUUCAACUUCACACCAUACUUAAGGCGUGGAAAAUUGGAUAUGAACAUGUAUUUGUCAAUAAGCCUAUAGCUGCACGUCUUUUAAAGACACACAUGCAGUUUCUGAAAGGUGUUCCAUUACAGCAGUUUGUAAGUGAUUACAAGAGUGUGAAAUUCAUUGAAAUUUUAGAUCGGCAGUCACAGAAUCUUGAAUAUGACCAAGUCACUAUCAUUCACCCUAUACAGGCACGUCUCUUUAAGACGCACACACAACGUCUGGGUGGAACUUCCUGGCAUUGUUCAAUGGAAGAAACGGAAUUGGCAAGAUUUAUAAAACUGGUAGAGGAAUAUUUGCAUGAGAAUUUUUACCGGAUGGAUGUUUGUCAACUCCUAGAAAUAGCGGCUAGCCUGAUCAUCAACAAUGGCUAUGUUCCAGUUAAUCUACAGCCAUACAUCUUGUCGCCACUGUUUCUGGACAUGGUCAAUGGUACAUACCAGGAUGUAGAAACCAGGGAACACUGCAAGCAGCUAUUGUAUGUGAUCCAGCAGGCGUUUGCAGAAUUGGGCUGUGUCCUGCAAUGUAAAGUCGACUUUCAGCCAGAUAAAUUUGUGUCAAAAUUCAUCAAAGACAAUCCUACGGUUGCAGAGAUCAAGAAAGGAGUCACUGACGCCCUAACUAACAUGUAUGGGGAGAGCUACAAGGUCGAGUGUCUUCCCACUGCCAGUCUGAACUCUGUGUACUAUUCAGUUGAAAGGAUAGAUGGCCAAGAGGAGACGAUAAAUACCAGGCUGGCGCUACUGGUGUUGCCCUAUAGUGCCUGUCAGCUCAACUCAAGUCUUACUUUACGCCGAUCUUUUAGACAUUAUCUCUUACCUGCAGAGAUCUACAACAUCAGCCAGCUGAUUGACACUCAUAACAUUGUUCAGGUGAAAGAAAGUAAGGUGCUGGGUGCAAUAAGAUCAGGCUACUGUCAGAAGCUCCUGGAAGCUAUAAUCCUUGAAAACUUGCAGAUUAAGCAUGUGAUGUUCAAGAAUCCUAUAUACGAAAUUUCCUAGGAGAUGACCAAGGUGCAGCUGGCAGAUGGAAGUUCCUAGGAGAUGACUAGGGUCCAGCUGGCUGAUGCAAAUUCCCAGGAGUGGGCAAUGGUUCAGCUGUCAGUUGGACGUUCCUAGGAGUGGGCAAUGGUUUAGCUGUCAGAUUGACAUUCCUAGGAGUGGGCAAAGGGUCAGCUGUCAGAUGCACGUUCCUAGGAGGGGGCCAAGGGUCAGCUGUCAGAUUGAUGAUCCUAGGAGUGGGCCAAGGGUCAGCUGUCAGAUGGACGUUCCUAGGAGGGGGCCAAGGGUCAGCUGUCAGAUUGAUGAUCCUAGGAGUGGGCAAAGGGUCAGCUGUCAGAUGGACGUUCCUAGGAGGGGGCCAAGGGUCAGCUGUCAGAUUGAUGAUCCUAGGAGUGGGCCAAGGGUCAGCUGUCAGAUGGACGUUCCUAGGAGUGGGCCAAGGGUCAGCUGUCAGAUGGAUGUUCCUAGGAGUGGGCAAAGGAUCACCUGUUCCUGAGAGAGGGCCAAGGUUCAGCCAACAGAUUGACGAUUUCUAGUCCACAAAAUAACACUGUUGAAUCAAGGAACUCAAAUUCUUCUAUGUUCAUGGGUGAUAAAAUGUAAUAUUAGUAAAUAUCAGUAUUUUUCAUUUCUUCCAUUUUCCAAAUAGUCAGAUUUGUUUGCAUUUGAUCAAGAAAUAUAUUCAUCACUUCUUGUUAAUGUUCAUAAACAUGUUUUCUUUUGGCAUUCAUCAAAACAUUCAAAACAUCAUCAUAGAGAUAAAUAAAGACUUAGUCAUUUUCUCUUAGUAACUGGGGGAUGGAACAAAAUUCCGUGCAUUAUGGCAUGUAUGCAGUUCUUGUAGAAGGAAUAGAAAUAAAAGACAUCAGUUGUCUGGUUAGCACAGUGGUUAGUACACUCGCUUCUCACCUAUGUGACCCAGGUUCGAUUUCCAGACCAUCAACUGAACUCACAUGUGUAGGACCUUUAUACGCCUUCUCUUUAAGAAUUAUUUAUACAUAUGUUAUGUCACAAUACUAGCAUACCAAUGAAUUUCUAUUUUAUUUUUUGGGAAAUCAUUACUGAUUGGAUUUCCAAUAUCAUCUAGAAAGUUUAUUUCUUUAAAAAAACACCAUCUCUUUCAUACAAUUUCUUCAUUAAAAAUAGUGGGGGGGUUUCAAAGCAAAAAAUGGGAAUUUUAUUUUUACAAUUGGGUAGAAAGUGCAUAGUUAAGUGUCAGGGAACUGGGUAGAUUUUCGGCAGUGAAAUUUGUGUAAAAUAUAAAAUUGCCGUUGUUGCAAGUGGGAAAUGAAAUAAAUAAAUAAUUAAAAAAAGACCAGAUCCUACAUUAACGUAUGUAAAUGCCAUUUAAAACCACAAUAGAAACUAGUAAAGUCAUGAGCGCUUCAAUAAAUACAAAUUCAUCUUGUUUUAUUUCUUUAUUUCCAUAAAGAUUUGUAUAAAAAAUUUCAAAUUUAACAACAAGCUAAAAAUGCAGGUGUGGCGAAUGGCCCAUUGACAUGGAAGUGAAGACAGGGAUGUACAUUUGUCUCCUUAGAAAUGUAACAUUUAUACAUUAUAAUAGCUGUAAAGGAAAAUACUAAUAGUAUUUGGUAUAGAUUUAGACUUAAAUUGUUAAAAUAUUUCACUUCUACUAAUGGACUGUUAGUUAUGCUAUAUGUUCACAUUGUAGUAUUAUUCUUUUUGGUAAUAUUACCUGUAGAAGCGUUAUUUGAAACAUGUUUGCUCAUAAAUUGUUUGUAUGCUGUAGACAGGAUUGAUUGCCUGAACGCAUUAAAAGUUGUUCUUGUU